UAACUUAAAACUAAUGUUACUCAUUGAGUUCAUAUAAAUUAAUUUUGAAAAGCUUCAUACUUGUUAAAAAUAAAUUAUCAAGCUUGGCGCUAUUAUUGAAUGCAAGUUUCGGAACGGAUCUAGUUAUGCCGGCAAUGUCACUGUCAGCCCUUCUUGGGAUAAAUAGUUAAUUUUAACCAAUAAUUCUAUUAAUUUUUGCCGUAUUUGAUCAACAGAAAGUAUAAAUGAAGCUUCUAAAACCCAGUUGGGUUAAUCACGAUGAUAAGCCAAUAUUUUCUGUGGACAUCCACCCUACGGGAAAGAGGUUUGCGACUGGUGGGCAGGGCGGAGAUUCCGGGCGGGUGGUUGUGUGGAACUUGAACUCUGUCCUGUAUGAAAAUGUGGAGGUGGACCCGAACAUACCAAAGAUGUUGUGUCAGAUGGAUAAUCAUUUGGCCUGCGUCAACUGUGUUCGGUGGAGCAAUGCAGGCCGAUACCUGGCUUCCGGCGGAGACGACAGACUGGUCAUGGUGUGGGGGCUCAGUGUGGUUGCUAACGGCACUCCGGGGAAGCUGAAAGCUGAGACAUGGAGGUGUAUAGCUACUUUGAGAGGACAUGCAGGCGAUGUUCUGGACCUGGCCUGGUCCCCGCUGGACAAGUGGCUGGCCAGCUGCAGCGUGGACAACACCAUCAUCAUCUGGAAUGCGGAGAAGUUCCCGGAGAUGGUCUGUGUGCUUAACGGGCAUACCGGGUUGGUGAAGGGCGUUGCUUGGGACCCUGUUGGGAAAUACUUAGCAUCGCAGUCGGACGACAAAUCACUGCGGGUCUGGAAAACUGCUGAUUGGGCGCAAGAAACAGUCAUCACAGAGCCCUUCGAAGAAUGUGGUGGCACAACCCACGUACUUCGGCUUUCUUGGUCCCCUGACGGCCAAUACGUGUUAUCAGCCCACGCUAUUAAUGGCGGCGGCCCCACCGCGCAAGUGGUAGAGAGAGACGGCUGGCGGUGCGACAAGGACUUCGUCGGGCACAGGAAGGCUGUCACUUGCGCUCGCUUCAACAACAACAUAUUCGUGAAGGAAGGCAAGAAAUGUUGCUGCGCGGCCGUCGGUGCCAGAGACAGAGCGCUAUCUAUCUGGCUCACUUCUCUAAAGCGCCCUCUAGUGGUCGUGCACGACUUGUUCAGCGACAGUGUGUUGGAUCUAUCUUGGAGUUCUGAUGGUCUGAAUCUCCUCGCAUGCAGUUCAGAUGGUACAGUCGCUUGCAUACAGUUUACUAACAAGGAGAUUGGCACACCUCUCACACUGGACGAAAAGAACGCCUUCUACGAAAAAAUCUACGGGAAGUGUCCGGCCAACGACUCUGCCCUUUCCAACUUGCUGGUGGAGUGUCCGGAGAUCCUGCUCGCUAGAGAGAAGCCUGACGUCUGUCGAGACAGUCGGGACGCCUCACUCAUCAGUGAAAAGUCUCAGAUAUAUCCACCGCAAGUGUCCGGCCAACGACUCCGCUCUCUCAACUUGCUGGUGGAGUGUCCCGAGAUCCUGCUCGCUAGAGAGAAGCCUGACGUCUGUCGAGACAGUCGGGACGCCUCGCUCGUCAGUGAAAAGUCUCAGUGUCCGGCCAACGACUCCGCUCUCUCCAACUUGCUGGUGGAGUGUCCCGAGAUCCUGCUCGCUAGAGAGAAGCCUGACGUCUGUCGAGACAGUCGGGACGCCUCGCUCAUCAGUGAAAAGUCUCAGUGUCCGGCCAACGACUCCGCUCUUUCCAACUUGCUGGUGGAGUGUCCCGAGAUCCUGCUCGCUAGAGAGAAGCCUGACGUCUGUCGAGACAGUCGGGACGCUUCACUCAUCAGUGAAAAGUCUCAGGGCAAGUGUCCGGCCAACGACUCCGCUCUCUCCAACUUGCUGGUGGAGUGUCCCGAGAUCCUGCUCGCUAGAGAGAAGCCUGACGUCUGUCGAGACAGUCGGGACGCCUCACUCAUCAGUGAAAAGUCUCAGCAAUCCAAGCCAGCACUCACUGCAUCGCCCGUGUCUCUGCGACCCGUGGACCGGCAGAUAGAAACACGCACUUCAGAUGGCAAGCGAAGGAUCACGCCUGUCUUCAUACCGCUCACUAUGGUCGCCAGUGAAUCUCUCGGCUCAAUACCAACCGGCACAGAGAACUGCUUCAGUACCUCAUCUCAGAGCAAAUCCCGGAUCCGAGUGGAGAGGCGAGACGACAUAGUGAUUCAUCCCAAUGUGAGCAACCAUGGGAGUUCCAGUCAACACAAUAAGAGCGCGGACAACGGCCUCGAUCAGCGUCUACGCAAGCGUUCGGCGCCUUCCCUCCCCGGCCCUAAGACUGAAGAGGUGCAAGUGAAGCGGAGCGGCGACGGCGCGUCACCGCCCGCCUUCCACGCGCUGCCCGCGCCCGCGCUCGGCAGCGCCGGACCCGUCGUGCGCGCCGCCGGGGGGUUGCGGCUACAGGUGAUCAACAAAGCGUGUAACACGCAUUACGGCACGCUGUCCCGGUUACAACUGUUGCCCAACAAUUCAGCCUCCAGCGAUCCUGUCUGGGAAACAUAUUUAGGUUCCCCGGUGACGUGUAUAGCGUGCGACGCGCGCUUCGCCGCCGUGUCGUGCGCGGACGGCGCGCUGCACGCGUGGCGGCUGCAGCGCAGCACGGCGCACAGAGCCCUACCGCCCAUCGCACUAAUGUCACCCGCGGCCAAACUGACCCUCUCAGGUGACACCCUAGCCGCCGUCACUACAUCCGCCGAGCUCGGUAUCUGGGACCUCGCCAACGCUACGUGCAUAGUCAGACCGCUAAGUUUCAGGAGCCUAAUGCAGCCUGGAGUCUCGAUAACAAACUGCUCUCUACUAGAAGACGGGAACCCAAUGAUCUCACUUAGUAACGGGAAAAGUUAUAUUUAUUGUAAGAAAUUGUACGCGUGGGUGGUGUGGACGGACGCCCGGGACCCGGUGUGGCGCGCGUGCGGCGGGCUCGCCUCCACGCGGGCGCCGCGCGCCGCGCACACCCUGUAUCCCGCGCAGCCGCGCCCUACGCAGGCCAACACUGGCAGCUACAGUUCUGACGCGGCUCGGAGUUGGCUGGAAGCUCAAGUGGCUUCGUGCUUCCAUCUCAGACUAGCGAAGGACUACCGACAUUGGAUCACGGCGUUAUUCGGACACCUCGUCAACCACGGUAAUGAAGACCAGCUGAGAACGAUAUUAGACGACAUGCUUGGGCCCAGUCAUUGUACCAGCACACCCAAGAAGUGGCAGGCCACGGUUCUGGGUAUAAAAAAGCACGACAUUCUAGACGAGAUGUUAUCCCUAUUAGUACGUCAGCUGCGCUGGCAGCGCCUCUACAGCGAGUACAUAGACCAGCUACAGGACAUACGCGAAGCGCGCGAGAGACCCGUGCUCAACGGACACUGA